CGGCACGCGGUGGUAUGAAGGCACAUGCUGCUGUUGAUUCCAACAAGUGGGGCGCUUUCCACUGCAUGCGAGCGGCUGGCUGCCCCACACGCGCAUGGCCCGGCGCAGAGGAAACGCGCUCCAAAUCAGAACAGGGGUCCAAAAAAAAACAGAACCAAGCAAAUCAGCCAAGUCUCGAUCAGUGAUCUGAUUGAGUUGCACCUGCGCGUUCCGCCGUAUCGGCAUUGCCACAUUUAAAGCCCGCUCUCUUCCCCACGUUCUCAAACCUGCCACCAACCUUCGUGCUCACAACCCGCAUCUUACAACCGCUGCACAUUUUCAGCCUCACUUCACUUUUUCACUCAAACCAU